GUCAUCCGUCUUAUCAUCCGUCUUGUUUAUUAUAUAUCAUCUUUCUUAUUGUUAAAAUGAACAUUACAAGGGAUCAAGCCCUCUGUAUGUUUUUUUAUGAAGAAUGUACUGACGACAACAUCAAAAAAUGCAAAGAACGGUUUGAAAAGUGGGGGGAUGUCGAAAUAUGUUACAAUACAUCUCCAAAGGAACCAGUUGUUGUUUCAAACACGCGAAUAGUUGGUGAUCCUUUUACAUACAGAAAAUAUCGAGAAUCUCAAGAUCCAAGCUUAGUGGGUGAAGUCAGAAAAAGAAAAAUAUAUGAAUUGAAAACAACUGCACAAGUAAAGAUUUUUUUAAAUGAAGCAUUUUGCUGUGCAGAUCCUAAUAAUGCCAAGGCCUAUAAACCUAAAUUGCUGUCAACAAUGGAAAUCUAUGAAACCAUCCAACAAUACACAUCACUAUUCAGCAAACGAAGUGGGCAAUCUUUUGCAAGAUGGUGCUCAGUCAAUAAUGUAUCAUUUUUAAUUGCAAAAGAAGACAGAAAUACGAAAAUUAGAAAAAGAAAGCUUUAUGUACUAGAUGAUAUGUAUUAUGACGAUUUAUUGGUGGCUAUUUGCAAUUAUUUGCCCAAGUACAAGGAGUCCAUCUUGCAUCUGAAAAAAAAUGGUUAUGAAGUCAUCGGCUACGCGCGCAAAUCCCCAGAUGGCAGUGAUCCAGCAACAAGAUUGCAACACCUACAGCAAAUGGUCAAUAAUCUCCGUGAACGCUCCCUUGUUGAUAAAACUUACGUUUCAAUAUCUAGUCUUGCAUCCUCGCCGUUUAACGAAAGGGAUUUGAAUGUAGUUGACGAUAUGGAAAAACUUGAACAUGUAACAGGAAAUACUCAAGAUAUGCUUGAGUAUAUUCAAGCCGUCGAUCAUAAUGUUUGUUUGGUUUCCAUUGAUUUUGCUGGUCUUUCGUCACGUUCACAUAUUGUGAAAGAUUUCUUGGAAGAGUUCCAUGCAAUCAAAAAAAUAGCCAUUGAAACAUUUUCUUUUGAUAACGAAGUUCUUCUUUUGGACUCGCAGCAACUCAAGUCAGACAAUCAAUUGCUUCAAAAAUUUGAUUGUAGAAAAAAGUUAAUUCAAAGAUCAAAAUAAUCUAGACUUAGUUUGUUUUUUUUUUUUUUAUUGAAAGUAUA